GUUGCAUACUGACAUCACCGGAGUUUCCCCUAUCUUAUUAUAUAUAUCCAAGCACACUGUAUGGAGAGUAGACAACUUCAGUUCAAAAGCUCUCACAAAAAGGAACACAUCUCGGAGAACUAACAGCAUGGUGAAAUACGAAACAACGUUAUUAGAUAUGGAAGCCGGCGCAGGGGGAGUUUAUAAGACAAUGGUGGCACCUUCACCAGUGAAGUCCUCCCGCAGCUGGAUAUGGGAGACGGUCGCUGCUAUCGCUUUUGUCACCCUCUGUGCCGUGGCAGCUGUUUUCUUCGCCUGGCAUGUGACGAAACAGAACCAAAGAGGGAACUUCUUACCAGAAAAAGAGAUCAGCACACCAACAGAGCAAGGAAAAAUACUAAAGCAGAUCGCUGAGAGAACAAAAGCUGCCAUUCAUUUACGUGCAGGUGAGCAUGACAGCAGCCUAGAGCCUGAUUCUCUGAAGUGGGUCAGCGGCGUGGAUCAGUCGUUCGAACAGGGCGGCCUCAAGCUGGUCGACAACAAGAUUCAUAUUCCCGCCGACGGCCUUUACUUUGUGUACAGCCAAGUGUCCUACGCCAUACUGUGCAAUGAAAAGAAUGAAAAUGAUGGCUCUCAGAAGUUCCUUAGCCACAGCAUCUGGCGUUAUACAGAUGCGGUGGAACAGUGGAAGCCUCUGCAGAAUUCGGCCCACUCCAUAUGCCAAUCACUUGAGAACGACAGGACCACGUACAGCACCAUCUAUCUCGGCGCCGUCUUUAAGCUCAUGGAGGGAGAUAAGCUGUCGACCAAAACCACCUACGUGGCCAACGUCGAGGAAGAGUAUGCCAAAACAUUCUUUGGAGUGUUUGCUUUGUGAUUUAUUAGCCACAAGAGUAGUGUGGCACAGUAUGAAGACAAGUGUUUUAUGUUAAAACUUCCAAAGUAUGUUCUCAGGGCGUUUGCUUUACAGUAGUUUGUCUAAUGCUGAGUCCUUAUUGCAUGGUGUCCUAAUAUUUUAGUUCUAAAACACACCAGAUGCAGUGAGAGCUAUGUGCUGAAUACUAUGUACUUAGGCAUGAGCGCUAUACCAAGAGCACUACAACUCGGAUAUUUAUUUUAAGCUAAUAUGAUGUUUAUCAUCUUACGUAUUUCGUUGAAGAAAUGAUAAGGAAUGUAGAUGUUUUAAAAAUAACAAUG